GCUGAGCUGGGUGCGGCGAGCCGCUGACGAGGCUGAGCCGGUCCGGUCUUCCCAAAAUGGCUUCGCUGCUACAAUCCGAGCGCGUCUCGUACCUGGUGCGCGGUGAAAAAGAGAUCCGCAUGCCGCUCUCGCAGCUCUAUUUCUGUCGUUACUGCAGCGAGCUCCGCUCCCUCGAGUGUGUCUCUCAUGAGGUGGAUUCUCACUAUUGUCCCAGCUGCUUGGAAAAUAUGCCAUCAGCUGAAGCCAAGCUGAAGAAGAAUAGGUGUGCUAACUGUUUCGACUGCCCUUGUUGUAUGCACACUCUCUCUACCCGAGCAACAAGCAUCCCUGCUCCGCUGCCUGAUGAUCCAGCCAAGACUACAAUGAAGAAAGCUUAUUAUUUGGCCUGUGGCUUUUGCCGUUGGACUUCCAGAGAUGUUGGCAUGGCAGACAAAUCAGUUGCCAGUGGAGGUUGGCAGGAGCCAGAGAAUCCUCAUACUCAAAAGGUUAACAAACUGGUCGAGUAUUAUCAGCAGCUGGCUCAGAAGGAGAAAAUGGAGAGGGAUCGUAAAAAACUGGUUCGACGCCGACCCUACAUGCCGCUGGCUUUUUCGGAUAAAUAUGGCCUUGGAACCAGGCUCCAGCACCAGAGGCCUGGAGCCCCCCUCAGUGCCCUUACUGGACUCUCGCUGAAAGAAGGAGACGACCAGAAGGAGAUAAAAAUUGAACCUGCUCAGGCUGUGGAGGAAGUGGAACCGCUUCCUGAGGAUUACUACACAAGACCAAUAAAUCUAACAGAAGUGACAACCCUGCGACAACGCCUCCUGCAGCCAGAUUUUCAGCCCAUCUGUGCUUCUCAGCUUUAUCCACGUCAUAAGCACCUUCUGAUCAAACGCUCACUACGCUGCCGGAAAUGUGAACACAAUUUGAGUAAACCAGAGUUCAAUCCUACAUCCAUCAAAUUCAAAAUCCAGCUAGUAGCUGUCAACUAUAUCCCAGAAGUGAGAAUUAUGUCUAUUCCCAAUCUGCGUUACAUGAAGGAGAGUCAAGUUCUUCUAACUCUGACCAAUCCAGUGGAAAACCUUACCCAUGUGACACUGAAAGAGUGUGAGGAAGGUGAUCCUGAUGACAUCAAUAGUACUGCAAAGGUGAUGGUUCCCUCCAAAGAGCUAAUCCUGGCUGGCAAAGAUGCAGCAGCAGAAUAUGAUGAGCUGGCAGAGCCUCAAGAUUUUCAGGAUGAUCCUGACAUCAUAGCCUUCCGGAAGGCUAACAAAGUUGGUGUAUUCAUCAAGGUCUCUCCACAGAAAGAGGAGGGAGAAGUUACUGUAAGUUUUAAGAUGAAACAUGAGUUCAAAAACCUUGCUGCUCCAAUCCGGCCCACUGAGGAAAGUGAUCAGAGUUGUGAGGUCAUCUGGCUCACUCACCACGUGGAGCUCAGCCUGGGUCCUCUGCUUCCAUGAAGCUCGUCUGUAACUGGAUCCUAAAUGAUGGCCACGCGCUACACCGUCACUAUUGUAGAAGAAUGCUUCCUGAUGAAAUGCUGAAGGCACUGCUUCAUGGAGGUCCCUUUGGAUGUGGACACACACUGCACAUUUCAGCCAAAAGGUGGGAUUAAAAGAGAAGAUCCACGUUCCUGGGUGAUUUGUUCCUCGACUCCUCUCUCCACAACAUCUACUAUGUGAAUUAGUGGUCUUCCCACUGUGCCACAUGCUUGACUAAUUUUACAGCACAAGGCUCCAUGUGCACAUUUGUGGCCAUCUUGUAUGAUAUCACACCAGAAUUCCUAGUAAACACCUUUAUUAGCUUUCUCUGCAUCUGUUGAGCAUAGUUAGUAUUAGAUAAUACCAAAAUCUCUCUCCUUUGUGGUAGGUUCUGUUCACAGUAAUACUUAUUGCAAGGCUGCAGUAGCACCUCCUAGUGAAGCAGUGAUUGGCAUGAGCAGCAUGGUAUGCUCUUGCUUCCACCUUCUAUUGGACAUGUCAUCAGUUUCAAAUAACAUUCAUUAGUCUUUUACUCAUCUGUCAAACUUUGACAUUUCAUGGGAUGUUCUCUUGUCCUGUACAGUUUUAUUAGUGAAAGGUGAUUUUAAAAAAGGCAUUGGAGUGCCAUCUCAGUAUUCUACAGUUUUUGGAGGGCUUAAUAUUUCUGCCACUGUUACGCUGGAAAAUGCAGAUUUAAAAUAAAAUGAAAUAUAGGGAAGUCCAUAAAUGAAAAUGCUGCUCUAGUUGAAGUAGAGGUGCCACUUGGGAUGGGACAGAGGCAAUGAUUAGUGUUUUUGUUACCAUAUUCCUAAAGAAAUAACUUAUCUACCAAAGAUAUUUUAUUUUGUUGGGUAAGAUCACUUUUGAAACUGAAGACCUCUUGAGAAAGUAGCUACCAGCACCCACUGUGAUUAAGUUUGGGUUUCCAUACCAUUAUAGGCAUAAGUGAAUGGCUUUUAUAAGGCUUCAUUAGCAACAAAUUGAAUAAAUAAAUAAAUAAAUAAAUAAAUGGUUGUAAGCUAUUUUAAUUCCCAGGGCUUGGUUCUAAAUUUCAGCCAGUACCUUAAAUUCAGUAUUGCAGUGCUAAUAAUAUCACACACAAAUAUAUAAAUGUUCCAGCACAAAGUUCUCAGCUCUUUCUUGGCUAGAUUACUGAGAAGAAAUACAGUGAAACUUGGUGAAGUAUUUCUUCUGCAUACAAUUCUCGGAUUAAGCAAGAGAUAGGGGUAGACUUUGAAUGUGGCUUUGAUGUGGUAACCUGAGAGUAAUGGGGUGGGGGGCGGGGGCUGAAGAUCACAUGACUGGAAACAGGCGCACAUUACAAUAUGACUGCUUGUUCUGUAGUCCAAGACUGAUGGAGAAAGAGAAAUGCAUAUUGAGUAGAAAUACAUAAUAGGGAAACGCACUCAAGGCGGUUGGAAAGAAGCUUUCCUUGUAGACUGCAAGUUGUUUGGAGUUGUAAUUUAAAUACUCACCCUUUUGAUUGGCAGCAUUUGUAUGAAGGUUGCACUUUAUUUUGUGCAAUGGGUGUAAAAGGAAAGAAGAGGAGCUUGAUGUUCACAGGCUUGCGUAGACUAUACACAAUGUAAAGCAUGAGUAAGAAGUCUAGCCAGUGUUUAUUCUUAGAUGUGUAGUGUUUCGUGUCUGCUGCUCUCAAUUUAUAAAGAACUCCCAAUUAUAACCCCAGAUUUAACCUCUCCCAAAGCUAAUUCUUGUCUGAAUAAUAUUUUGGAAGUUCAGUUGAUAAGAGUUGAGAUGUUGCUGUGCUGAAGUGGCGUACACUCAAGCUUCUUCAUAAAGCAUAUAGGAAAGUUGGACAUAACUUCAGAAGCUUUUUUUCUUUUAACCUUUUAGAGUACAGAAAUAACUGUUAAGAUUUAAUUCCCACACUUCUGCAGAAACAUCUCACUGGCUCCUCACUAGAGGACACUGGAAACACUCUGCCUUUAUCAAUAUUAAUGACUGUUUUGCCUUAUCGUUUAACUUAAUGUAGUGAAUUUGAAAUAAAGAAGCAAACAAACCUG